AUGUGGCGGACAAAGUCUGAAGAAGACAUUCAACUCCGUAAUGAACUAGAGAUGCUCGUUGAGCGUUUGAAGGAGCCCAAUACCGAUCUUCAUCGACCAGCUCUCGAAACCUUACGAACACUCAUACGAACAUCAACUUCGUCAAUGACAUCAGUACCAAAACCGCUUAAAUUCCUCCGCCCUCACUAUCGCGAUCUGCAAGCUCUCCUCGAAACCUGGCCAACGUCAGAGAAUAAGAGCCUCUUCGCUGACAUCCUUUCCGUACUUGCAAUGACAUAUUCCGAUACUGAACCUCGAGGCACUCUGAAGUACCGCCUUCUUGCAACCUCUAUGUCGACUCAACCUUCCGAUCCUGGAUCCUGGGGCCACGAAUAUAUUCGUCACCUUGCCGCUGAGCUCGGUUCCGAGUACUCAAUUAGAAUGGAGAAGGAAGAAGAUAAGACUGAGAAACAUCGAGCUAUAGAUGAGCUUCGUUCACUCAGCAUGGAGUGUGCCAAAUUCCUUCUACGACAUAAUGCAGAACCAGAUGCAGUUGACCUUCUUGAGGAGCUUGAAAUUGCAGAGCGUUUAAUAGGUCUCGUGGAUGAGAACAACUAUGCGCGUGUUUGCCAAUAUAUGCUAAGCUGUGUUGCCUAUUUAGCACCGCCAGAUGAUCAAGCGUUCCUGCGAACUGUGCAUGAACUCUACAUUAAGCACAGCAAGUUCCCCGAAGCGCUAGCUGUUGCCUUACGACUCUGGGACCAGGAUCUUAUUCUUCACGAUUAUCAAAACGCCGGCAAUCCCGUCAUGAAGAGGCAACUUGCUUAUCUUCUGGCACGUGCACAGGUGCCGUUAGAAUGGAUUCAACCCGAAGGCGAAGAGGAAGAGGAGCCAGAGGAGGAACUUCUGGAGUGCUUGAGCAACACGCAUCUCUCCGAGCAUUUCAAGGAGUUUGGCAAGGAGCUUGGUGCAGUGGAGCCAAAGAGUUUGGAAGAUAUCUACAAAUCGCAUCUCGAGAACACGAGACCCUCCGGACCGAAUAUCGACUCCGCCAGAGCGAACUUGGCGGGCUCUUUCGUUAAUGCGUUUGUGAAUGCAGGUUUCGGUAAUGACAAGCUCAUGGUUGAUGCACCGGAAGGGGAUAGUUGGGUGUAUAAGAAUAAGGAUCAUGGCAUGAUGAGUGCUGCAGCGUCUCUUGGUUUAAGCUUACUUUGGGAUACAAAUACCGGAUUGAACACGGUUGACCGUUAUACGUAUUCAAACGAGGAAUAUAUCAAAGCUGGUGCAUUCCUUGCUUUCGGUAUCCUAAACUCUGGUAUCCGCACUGAAGCGGACGCUGCGCUCGGACUCUUAAGCGAGCAUCUGGAAAAUGGAUCAGUUCCCUUGAAGUCUGCUGCUAUUGUUGGCCUCGGACUUGCGUAUGUUGGUUCCCAACGAGAAGAACUUUCCGCCUUGCUUUUGCCUAUCGUGGCAGAUGAAGGAAAUUCUAUGGAGAUCGCCUCGCUUGCUGCCCUUGCGCUUGGGUUUACGUUUGUGGGAAGCUGUAACGGCGAAAUUGCAGGAACCAUCCUACAGGCGCUCAUGGAGCGGGAUGAACUUUCUCUUAAUGAGAAAUGGGCUCGCUUCAUGGCACUUGGUCUUGCGCUCUUGUACCUUGGCCGACAAGAUGCAUCUGAUGCGACACUUGAGACGCUCAAGGCUAUUGAGCACAACGUCUCAAAACAGGCGCAGAUUCUCGUCGAGAUUUGCUCAUGGGCUGGUUCUACAAACCCUCUCAAGGUUCAGGCAAUGAUGCAUCACUGCAGUGACCACAUUGAGAAGAAAGACGGCAGCAAGGAGGAUGAUACGUACCAGGCUUUUGCAACUAUCGGGGUUGCUCUUAUUGCAAUGGGAGAGGAUGUUGGUGCUGAAAUGGCUAUCCGCCAAUUCAACCACCUGAUGCACUAUGGUGAACCGAUCAUUCGCAAGAGCGUCCCGCUCGCUCUCGGCCUCAUCAGCGCUUCAAAUCCCCAACUACCCAUCCUUGAUACACUCUCCAAAUACAGUCACGACAGUGACCUCGCCGUCGCACUCAACGCCAUAUUCGCAAUGGGCCUCGUCGGUGCUGGGACUAACAACGCGCGUCUCGCUCAGAUGUUACGACAAUUAGCGAGCUACUACUACAAAGAGCCAGACUGCCUGUUCAUGGUUCGCGUGGCACAGGGUCUUGUACAUAUGGGCAAGGGGACGAUGACUGUUAACCCAUUCUUCUGUGACCGAGCGAUUAUGAGCCGAACGGCUGUUGCUGGAUUGUUGACCGUUCUCACUGCUUUCACCGAUGCCAAAGGAUUUAUCCUCGACAAAUACCACUGGAUGUUAUACUACCUCGUCACCGCUAUGUACCCACGCUUCCUAAUCACGCUAGACGAAGAACUCAAAUCGAAGCCUGUAACCGUUCGAGUCGGUCAAGCAGUCGACGUCGUCGGACAAGCUGGCAAGCCACGUACGAUCUCCGGGUUCCAAACUCAUCAGACGCCCGUACGUCUAGGGACGCGCGAGCGUGCGGAACUGGCUACGGAGGAGUUUAUUCCUUACGCUGCUGUACUUGAGGGCUUUGUUAUCCUCAAGAAAAACCCGGGAUAUGAGAAGGAAGAUAAAAUGGAAUUGUAG